UGAGAGCCUAAAGGUCCACAAGAGAAACAAGAGGAACCGAAAAGAGCCGAGACUCAGGGCACAUUUUAUAUGUGUGUGUUGGAGUGAUAAAGGACGUGUAACAGCGAGUGAUGACACACAAACGUGUCAGAAUCAGAAUCAGAUGGAUUGCCUGAGGGAACAAACUGUGUCUGGUCGUUCUGGUGCUCAGGGCUCUGUAGCGUCUCCCGUGUGAAUGUAAAUAACCGUGAACAGUUGAACACGAGUCCGUGUGUUGUGGAGCACCGACACCGCUGUCAUGGCUGAACGCGCACCGCUGCUGCACUACCGGCUCUCGUCCGGUGUGCACGAGGACUCCGGGGAGCACCGGGUGCGCGAGGCGGCGGCAGGGAGGCUGAGGUCCGGUCACAACCAUCCUCAGAAACUCUCCACCUUUUUUGGGGUGGUUAUUCCCACUCUGCUCUCCAUGUUCAGUGUGGUGGUGUUCUUACGGAUAGGAUUCGUGGUGGGUCAGUGUGGACUGUACCAGGCUGUGGUCAUGUUCUUGGUGGCGUAUUUCAUCAUCAGUAUGACCGUUCUCUCCAUCUGCGCCAUCUCCACCAACGGAGCCCUGGAGGCCGGCGGAGCUUACUAUAUGAUCAGUCGAGCUUUAGGGCCGGAGUUUGGAGGCAGUAUCGGGAUCAUGUUUUUCUUGGCCAACGUGUUCGGCAGCGCCCUCUACGUGCUCGGGCUGGUGGAGGCCAUUCUCGCAACCUUCGGACGUCCUGAAGAUGGAUUAAGCCACGCCCCUCACUAUGCAGUGAUGCCAGUUGGUUAUUGGUGGUCUCUGCUGUACGCUAGUGUUAUCCUGCUUCUGUGCGUCUUGGUGUGUAUGGUUGGUGCUCGCAUCUAUGCCAAGGCUACGUUCCUUAUCUUCAUGGUGGUGAUGGUGGUGCUUUUCACCAUCUUCAUCAGCUUCUUUGCUGUCAGACCUCGGAACAUCCCUCUGCCAAACAUUCUGGGAAACUCGAGCACCACUUCUAACACCGCCAACUUCACUGGCUUUAAACUCGACACGCUGCUCGGAAACCUCAAAGCGGAUUACACAGUGGACUACACCACAGGAGUGACAAUGACGUUUGCUACUGUGUUUGCUGUCAUGUUCAACGGAUGCACUGGAAUUAUGGCUGGAUCCAACAUGUCAGGUGACCUGAGAAACCCAAGUUACUCCAUCCCUCGUGGAACAAUUACUGCUGUCAUCUUCACCUUCAUCACCUACAACCUGCUCAGCUUACUGGUGGCCUGCACCUGUGACAGAGCUCUGUUACAGAGGGACUACAGUUUCCUGCGGGACGUUAAUCUGUGGCGUCCGUUUGUCACCAUCGGUGUUUAUUCAUCCACUCUCUCAGCUGCCAUGAGCAACCUGAUUGGCGCCUCACGCAUACUGUACGCGCUUGCCAAGGAUGACUUGUUCGGUAAAGUCCUGUCCCCUGCUGGACAAACCUCGGGCAGCGGGAAUCCCUGGGUCUCGGUUCUCAUCUCCUGGUUCCUUGUGCAGCUGGUGUUGUUCUCAGGGAAGCUGAACACCAUAGCGAGUGUUGUUACCAUCUUAUUCCUGUUGGUCUACGCCGCAGUGGACCUGGCCUGCCUCGCCCUGGAGUGGGCCUCUGCCCCUAACUUCAGGCCCACAUUCCGUUACUUUACGUGGCACACGUGUGUGUUGGGGAUCAUUGGCUGUGGAGUGAUGAUGUUUCUAAUUAACGCCAUCUACGCCUCAGCCAGCAUCGCCUUCAUGUUGCUCCUGCUGCUGCUCAUCCACUAUCUGAGUCCGACUAGCAGCUGGGGCUACAUUAGCCAGGCACUGAUCUUCCACCAGGUGCGUAAAUACUUGUUAAUGUUGGAUGUGCGUAAGGAUCAUGUGAAGUUCUGGAGGCCUCAGGUGCUGCUGAUGGUGGCCAACCCUCGCUCGAACAUCGGCCUCAUCACCUUCAUUAACGACAUCAAGAAGAGCGGCCUGUAUGUCCUCGGACACGUCCAGAUCGGAGACCUGGCCGUCCUUCCCUCCGACCCUCUGCAGUGUCAGUACGACUCGUGGCUCGCCCUGGUGGAUCACCUGAACAUUAAAGCCUUCGUUAACCUGACAUUAGCUGACUCUGUACGAUGCGGAGUGCAGCACCUGCUCUUCAUCUCUGGACUUGGCGGUAUGAGACCAAACACAUUGGUUCUGGGUUUCUAUGAUGACAUUCCUCCUCAGGACCAGCUCCAAGAUCGCUCGUUCCACUCCAGCAGAUCCAUGGAAAGCCCCAUUUUUUCGGAAGACCCAGAAGAUCCACUUUUUCAUUUCCCUCCUCUGCGAGGCAGCAUAGACGGAGCCUGGCAGGGGAAAGCGAUCGACCCUCAGGAGUACGUCAGCGUGAUUGCGGACGCUGUGAAAAUGCUGAAGAACGUGGCUUUGGCAAGGUACUUCUGCCAGUUUGACCACACCCAAACCCGUCAGACCGGCGUCUUCGUGGACGUUUGGCCCGUGAACCUGCUCCGACCCGACAGCUGCUCUUACGUCGACACGUGCUCGCUGUUCCUUCUCCAGUUGGCCUGCAUCCUCAAUAUGACCAGGGCAUGGCGCAAGGCCAGGCUCCGCCUCUUCCUGUGCGUGGAGACAGGGCGGAGUCUGAAGGAGGCGGAGCGUAAGCUGGGGCAGCUGCUGAAGGAGCUCCGGAUGAAGGCGGCCAUCUACACGGUGCCGUGGGACGCUCAGGUGGCGCUGCACUGGCAGAGACAAAGCAGCUCGAGGAAAAGAAAGAAGAACGGAGAAGAGACAGAGGAAGAUUUGGAUCUAUUAGAGGAGGAGGACUCCGAGGAGGAGGAGGAGUACGCUAACGGUUACCACAGCAACACUUCACGUCUGACUGACGACUACUUACUCGCUGUUAAUAGGCUGAUCAGUGACCAGCCCUGCCCGCCCCCUGCUGUGCGCUUCCUGUAUUUGCCCCGCCCACCUGCUGACACACGCCGCUACUCCGAUUACCUGCAUCAGCUGGAGCUGUUGAGCCGUGACCUUGGGCCCACUCUACUUAUCCACGGGGUCACACCUGUCAUCACCACUGACCUAUGACCUUUACCAGGUACCAACCUGCGGAAUACUACGCUUUAGUUUCGCUAGAAAAAAAGCUCCGCCCCUUCUCAUUUUUACAUUUAUUUUUCCUUUUGACUUUCUUUUUCUUUGCUUUUCUACUCUCGUCUUGAUUAUUCCUCACUCAGUGAUGGUGAGACACAAACUCAUGUCUGGUCCUCGGAGUUUGUUGUAAAAACUUCCUGGAUUGUAAUAAGAUGUAAACAAGAAUAUUAUAACUAUAAAUUACUAUAAAGCCACAAUUUAUUCUUUCAGUCAACUGGUUUUACAGGUUUAACUUAAUUAAAGACAUCGUGUCAGUUUAAACUCACAUUCAUAUCUUGUUUAUAAACAUUCCUUUUUUUAAUCAUUUUUACUGAGUUAAUAGUGCAGGGUUUUAUUCAGUAAUACAUACACACACACACACACACACACACAGUGUUGAAUGAUCAGGACUGUCUUCAACAAUCAUAGUUUAUAAUCAACUUUAAAAGAGAAGUACAAUGAUUAUUUAUUUCUGUAUAGUACAGCUGCAGGUAAAACACACCGUUCAGUAGAGUGUGUGAGAGAGAGAGUGUGUGUGUGUGUGUGUGUGUGUGUGCAUGAGUAUGUACAGUAUGUGUGUGUGCGCAGGAGAGAGUGUGUGCGCACAAGGGUGUGUGAGUGUGUGUGUGUGUGUGACCAUUACAUUUUCUCCAGUUAAAUCAGAGCUUUAGGUUCCAGUUUCUGUUCUUAAACUAUUAUAGUUGUUUGUGACUUAGAUAAAAGAUCAUUUAUAAACUAACAGAAAGUCAAACAGCUGCAAUAACACAGUGCUUCUGAUUCACUGAUGAUCUAAUGAUAGAAUCAGUAACUGUCUACGUCCCCACUGCAUUAUACAGCUCUUUACAUCUUUAUUUCUAAUUCUAAAAAUCUAAAUAAAAAGAAAAGAAUUUGAUAAAAAUCUAAUAAAAUGCACAGCAAGAAAACCUGAGUGAUUUCUACUUAAAUGAAAUUACAGAGCUUUGGUUAAGUACUGACACACACUCUGUUUAAAAUAGAAUUAAAGGUAGAAUUUCUUUAAAAAGAAAACAUUUUUAAUUUCGUCGCUCUCGGGCGGAAUCCUCGUAUCUCCAAAACCGUUAUUUUUCAGGAAAUUAAAAAAACGCCGUACCUUAUCUGCAGUACACAGGGUUUAGUCCACGUUGCAGUGGAUUGUCUUGCGCUAAAUUCCUGUCCUCAGACGAGCACCAGAACUAGCGGGGGUCAAGAUUAUUUUAUUUUUUUUAAGCCCAGUGUUUUGAAGACAUUUACCUCAGAAGACGUGUUGAUUCGUUGCAAUUCUUCUUGAGGAGAAAUAUGCCACGAAGCUCUCCUGCGGAGUGAGGAAGAGGUGGACAGUUGAAGUGUCCAAUGGAGUUAUGAGAUUUGCGCUCAAGCUAUUUUCAAGACUUUAGAUUGGUUAAUAACUUGUAAAAAUAACAGACCCACGUGGGGACUGACCAAUAGCAUCGAUAUGUGAAAAAAUAUGAAAUUGACCAAAUUUGGACAUACGAGGUUUCCGCCCGACAGCGACUAUUUAUCAGUGAAUGCAUCCAGAACUGACAGAGACUAAAAACGACAGUUUCACAUCAAUUUGUUUUUGUUUUUUAAACCAAAUUCACUAGAAUUAAUAAAAAUGUUAGUUAAUAUAUUAAUAAUAAAAUCAAUGGCUUUCUAAAUAUAAUAUAAUCUGCUCUAAGCAGUGUACAAAAUAAUAAUAAAAUGAAUUUCUCUCACAAUUUUAGAAUUGCGUUAUGGAAUAAUAGAAUUUAUUAAUUAAAUUGGUUAUUAGCUAGUAAAUGAGUAAUUACACUAAUGAAUUGAAUUUCUAACUGAGGAAUAAGUUACUGUGCUCAUGCUGGUGACUGUAUGACUCUGGACCGUCGUUCUUUUAAAGACUGGCACACGUUCUCAUUUCCAGAGCACUUAUCAGACACUUUCUGUUGUUUUUAUUUUAAUGAAAAUUACAGCCAGUGUUCAGUCGCUCGUGUCGCUUGGCGGCUCUGAAAGCACGAGCUGAAACUCCGAAAUGUUCAUUUUGUGCUUCACAGACUCGGAACAACGCAGCGACACUUUCUACACAUUUCUCCUGUUUAAAGUUUCACGCAGACAGAGGAGGAUAAAGUAACAGGAAACUACGCAUCUCUUUGUACUGCUGCAUGACGGCUGAGUGAUUUUUAUCAAAUCCGAAGCAGGGCUUGUGAUGAAUCUGUGAAAUGUAAUAACAGAACAAAUCUGAUGGUGUGAACGAGUCUCCAUGGCGAUGUUUAAAUCAUUUCAACGGUACGUUUUGUUUUUAUAGUGUUUGUUAAAGAAGAUUACAAAAAAAAACAAAAAAAAAAAAAACGCUUGGCGGAGGUAACGAGUAAUUUGACACUUUUGAUUUGAUUGAUUUUGAAGGUGAGAGUUUAGUUGAACAGAACCACAGUCUCCACCUCAUGUGUGUGUGUUUUGGGGUAAACUUUCUCUCACGGUGCCUUGAAAUGAAACAUUACAUUAAACUUCACUUCACUGAUGUCAUUUACUGAAUUAAUGCAUAUUUAAAACUCUAAAACUCCCAAGUGAAUAAAGUGAUGUAACGAAUUUAACACCAGGACUUUAACAUGUCUCUUAAACACUCCUUCUGUUUGUCUUUCUUUUUUCUUUAUUCCUUGUAUUUAUUUAUUUAUUUAUUAAUUAUUCGUCUUUCCUUUAUUCUUUGUUUCAUUUUUCUACUUUUUUCCCCUCUUUCUUUUUUCCCUACUUUGUGCUCACUUGCAUGUUCUUACUUUCCUUCCUUCCUUACACCCUCCCUCCCUUUCUUUCUUUCUUUCUUUCUUUCUUUCUUUUUCUUUCUGUUUUUCUUUCUUUCUUUCCUUCUCCCCCCUCCCUCUCUUUCUUUCCUCCCUCCCUUUCUCUUUCUUUCUUUCUUUCUUUCUUUCUUUCUUUCUUUCUUUCUUUCUUUCCUUCUCCCCCCUCCCUCCCUCCCUCCCUCUCUCUCUCUCUCUCUCUCUCUCUCUCUCUCUCUCUCUUUCUUUCUUUCUUUCUUUCUUUCUUUCUUUCUUUCUUUCUUUCUGAAGUGCACCUGUGUUAAAGUUUAUUCAGUCCCUUACUAAUAAUAAUUUGCUAUAAUUAGCAUUAAUGUUACUGCUAAUCAUUUCCUGAACUCUGGCCUUCAGGUCUAAAUAUUACACCCUGAUUUUCAGCCUCAGUUCUGAAUGUUGUUGAGUGUGAGAUGUGUUUUAUCUACAAUAAUACAGUAAUAAUAACUUUUCUGUAUGGUUAUUUCUUAAAUAUAAUGAAUGUACACAAACAAUGAAUGAAUCUUUCGAUUUAUUUUAUUUUUUUAGUUGAAGAUCUUUUCAGAUGCACUGUACUCUGAUUCUGAAUAAAAUUAAAGAGUGUUUUGUUUA